GUUAAUCUUGUUAUGCUAAUGCGGUAAUGGCAACUUGGACUGAUGCAUAUGUGCCUGGUUCAAUGUUGUAGAUGAUAGAAUGACUUUCUCCAUGAGCUAGUAUCUCACUCGAAUAUCGAAGUUGAGCCACUCAGAUUUGCAGAGGAACCAAAUAAAUACACUGAUAUGUUGAGGUGUACCAAUAAAAGGGACUUCUUGUCGACCAACUUGAUAUUAUGUACAGUUCCCACUUCAGAGUACAGUUCUCAAAUUUAUCUAGAUGGUAAGCGUAAGGAUAUUACUACUAUACGUCUAUCUGCUUGUUGAAUGUAUCACAACCAGAUACAUAAACCCUGAGAAUGAGCACUAGUUUUUUGGAUCCAGGAUACGACAAUCAUGUCCGAAAUUUAGAUUAAUUGAUUACAGCUAUGUAUUUAGAAGGCAGUUUUUAGGUAGAUCCGUUGAAUGGGACUUCGUUAUCAAGGGAAGAAAUAUGUGUGCACUUGUUCUUCUACAUUACAUUAAUUAUGGUUCGACAUUUGUGGAUAAUCAGUAGUGUAUAGAACUAAUUCUUGGCAUUAUUUCCUUAUAUAUAUAAUGCUUAUAAGCAUUACCACUAACGCUUCUGAGUACGAGAGAUAAUCUGAUAUUAUAAAACCAAGUUCAGAAAUGGUGACAAAUUUUCUACGACUGGACGUCGUCGAGGCCUGAUAAAUCAUUGGGUAAAGCAGGGUACGGAAACCGAAUGGAAAGCUUAGUUAUUGUAAUGUGCGGCGUUUCGCCUUUCAAGGCCACUAAUCGCCAGCCAAAUGAGCCACCUGACAACAUUAAGGUCAUUGACAAAUAUGUAAUUGUAAUUGGCUGGUUUAUUUAUUGAUGUAUGAAAGGCAGGUAGAUCUGAUUGGUCAGGAUGAAAUAAAAGGUCAGUAAAUUGGAGGCCAAUUGGAAUGAAGUAAAAAUCGUAUUAUCCGAAACUAGUAGAUCGAGUCACUGGUCCGGUUGGAUUUUUGGGAGUGGGUUGUUCUUCUGAGUAUUGUCUAGGUGACGUAGCUGUGCAUACAAAAGACUAGAUAAAGCAGAAUCUGCAAAGCAUGAUGUCUUGUUUUCAGAACCUGUCAGACGCACUAGAUGAUACCUUUUCUGCAACUGUGCAGUCGGAAGAUGAACUAGAUUACGCAUCUGCAACACUCGUUCUAGUGGAAUUUUUGACUUCCAAGCCUCUUUGUUUAGUAACUGCUUCAUCCAAUUUUGCUUGUUUCUCAUACAGCUGGAUUAUUACAAAUUCAUUCCCGCACACCUCGUUAUGCAUUUCAUCAGGCGCGGUUAGAUUCAUUUCCAAAAAUAAUUCAUUCAAAGGAUUCUGCGAAUGAUUCAACAAUUUGCCGGUCAAAGUCUCCAGUUCCAUCUCCUUCUGAGCUGGCUUCAGCAGGCUUUUUUCACACUGGUUCUGGAGACGAAACUAUCUGCCCUGCUUGUGGUUUGGGGCUACGUGAUUGGCAGGCCACAGAUCAACCUGAAGCGUGUCAUAUCGCAUAUUCGGCUGCCGCAACAGCUGCCAUAGAAAUGGGUUCGGGUGACGGACAUUAUCGCUCACCUAUCCCAACUAUACCAUGUCUUUAUCUUAUUGUCCAUCGUCUUCUUGUUUCCGAAAUUCCUCUUGCUCGUAAGUCUUUGGUUCCGGUUGGACAAACGCAAUCUGUCCGAGGUCUUCCUGGAGUAAUUUCUCGGCCUGUAGUACAUUUCACUGACCAAUCUUCUCAAAACUCAUCUUGCGAAUAUCCAUCUUUGGCAGAUAGAUUAUAUGCGAUAGCUCAUAUAAUGACUGCGUCUCCAGCUCCUCAAGGAUGGCCAGUAGAAAAUGCACGUGCUCUGGGUCAUUCAGAUGAUUUAAUUGUUCUUGCAUUGUGGCGUUUGCAAGCGGAAGCUGCUGGGAUGGGGUUGGCGUGUCCACCAAUGAAGUCAAUCUAUAUUGAUCCUCAAGCUACAACAGAGCUAUUAAAAGCUAUUUUAAGAGUUCAAGAAGGUUAUGAUAUAUCUUCCAGGAACAAUCUUGAAUUCUAUCUGGAUGCUUUCGACGAGGAAGAAGUACAUUCCACCGGUGAAGCACUAAGUGAAGGCAAUGAAGGUGACAUCACGGCGGAAGAUGCAGAAACAGCAGCUUUAUCACAAUGUCGUCGAUAUUUGCCACCACCACAACAACAAUUUAGUGACCCAACCUCAUCUCCCCGUUCAGUUGAACCAUAUGGAUUACAAAUGAAAAAGAUCCAUCUUCCUCGCUUUUAUCAGUUUCUCGUUUGGUGGUCUCAUCGUUGGCCUGCGACUCAUUCUCUGAAAUAAUUUAAAUACCUCUGAGUACUUAAUCUUAUUCGAAAGACAGAUGACUUGUGGAGUGCACGUGCUACCCACUUUGAAAGCUAAAACACCUACUCCCAGUUGCUCAUAAUACAUUAAUCAUUCAGUUUUAAAAUAAUAUUUAACUUCACAUACUUUUAGGGAACAGUAUCUAUUUCUUUCGAUACAUUUCAACAAAUUCUUUUCACACCUAAUAUACUUGAUAAAUUAAGUUUGUAAUUUCCCUUGUAAAAAAUAAAUAUCCUAUUUUAUGGCAUUUCGAGUUGAUUAUCAAACACCAAAUGUGCACUUUUUUUAGGCAAUUAAGGGACUUUCCAAUCUGGAAUUAAUAUCUUGUUUUACAUGAGUGUUUUUGUGUUGAAUUUCGUCUUAAUUGACAGUAAUUUAGAAGUUAAUAGUCAAGUCUUUUGCUAUUCAUAGGUUCAAAUGCAUAUUAAUCCAUAAACAGAGACUUGUAGCAUGCACUCGAAAUCAAUGGGACUCGUUGUAAGCAUCUACGCUGAUGUACCCCAAUAUGGUUACU